AUGUUUAAUGCAAUGUUCACAGAAAGUAGCUUGAUGUGUCUACAAUCAGUUGCACUUCAUCAAGUUUGUAUUAAAAAACCAUCAGUGGUUCAAUACAUCUCAAAUUUAAAAUUGUUAAAAAAUUUACGCGUUCAAACAUUAGGGCAGAUUCAUGGUCUCACACUAAUGGUUAUUUGCGCCAACGGAUUACCUGAAUUAAAAUCAUCCGAAUGUACAAAUCCUGAAUAUGAAAGUGGUGCCAUUUUUACUUGA